AUGGAAUUAAAUUAUAUCGGCGCGCAAUGCGUUGACAUUUCUGGGCAUACAACACCAACGAAUGAAACGCCCUGUAAGAGCACUCCAGGAAACUCACAUGUAGAGAAUCUUGGGAAUCAUGCUCUGUUGAACGGCGCUAACCCUCCGUUUCGCCCGAGCAAUUCGCCAGAGGACGAGGACACGUCAAGGAUGCCUAAGAGCGCGGACACAUUGCUGACUUCUUUCAGCUCUUCCUUGUGUCUAACGGAAGCUUUUCAGACAACCACGCAUACGCUCGGGUCUUCUACAUUCUCUGGAACUUCUGCGUUGCAAAAUCCGGCCAACGCAUUCGCAGUGCUCUGGGAAACCGGGGCCAAAGCAAUCUUUGCCUCACUUGGAUCUGAGGUUGGCGGGUCUGCUGCUGAAGCUUGUUGUGAUAUCCCCUUAUUUUCAAAUCUUGGCGGCAACGCGAAUGCAGCCAGCGCUCCUCCGCCAUCGCCGAAAUAUGAGAAGCCGGCAAAAAACUCCUGUUCUCGUGAUGAGGAUGAUGACAUUUUCUCAAUGCUCAAUCCCCAACCAUGCGCCGCCGGUGGUAAUAUCUGGAAAUCCGAUGCCACCAAUGAGGGCAGCUUAGAGAGGGACGACGAGAGCUGUCUGGAAAUGCCCCAGGUUCUGCCCAUUCCCUCCACUGCAUCAUCGGACUUCUUGGAGUCUGUCACAGAGGAAAGGUUUGAUUUCAUGCAUGACACAGACAUCGAAGAGAAGGUGCUCCUUGUGGUGGAUCCACGACGUUCAAAGCUUCGUGUUCCACUUAGCGCGAUAUCCCCCACCAGAGCCCUUGGAGUUCGCGCACAAAAUCCUAGUUUGUGCCUCCUCUAUCAGUCCGGUCGUUGUCGCCAAGGCGCUAAUUGUCAUCAGGUACAUGUAGAUCCGGAGGUGGUAGACCGCAUACGCCGUAUUGUAGACAGUCUUCCAUGUUGUUGCACUUUUCAUGGUGACUACAAUGCCCAUCUUUGGAAUGCAAAGGCCAACACCAGCCGAAAUGUUGUGAUCAGUGGGGUGGUGGUGCCGCUCAGCCGUGUGGCUUAUACAAAUGGCCUAACCCGCUUUGUUACAGGCACAACACAACGCCCGCUGAGCCGUGGGGUCCUCUGUCGUCUGCACGGUAAACCGGGUGGUUGUCGCUAUGGCGCAGAUUGCUGGUAUCUGCACGUGUGCCGUGAAAUUCUGGAAAAUGAGUUUGCGAUUGUGAUAGGGUCCCAUACGACGAAUUCAACAACGGAAGGUAACCCAGCACUGUCGCCAAGUGUGGCACGAACGGGUUCAUCUGUAACGCAUGACGUCCAAGCAACGGUAUCAUUUAAACAGCAACAGCGGUCUUUGUCAACUUUUCCUUUUGCGGAAAUUUCUUCUUCAGCUGUGGCCGUAGCUCCCUUUUUGAUCCAAGACCACAAAAAUAAUGGUGGUGUCGGCACGGCGUUUGCCAACAGUAGCCCGACUGUCUCUUCAGCAUUCUCUUGUGUGUGGGUACACCCCACUUCGCUGCCACAGAAAUCGGUGCCGACGCUUUCAAGUGUAGCUGCAGCUGGAGGUGCGGGCUUGCACUAUGAGAGUUUGCUACAAGGCCCUUUCGCUAGUACGAUGCCGUCCCAGGGGGUUUCCUCUCCCUCUCAGAAUCUAAGGUGUGAAACUGCUGUGCUCAUGUCCAAUGUAUACUCUGCUAACCAAGCGGCCUUCGCUUUUCCAAUGCACGAUGGGCUUGCAACUCAGUCGUCUAUGUCACCUACCCCACCGUACCACCUUGUGCAACAAACUCAGGCCGUUGGAGUGACGGGAGUGCAAUUGAAUUCCUUCCCUUCAGCAGCAUACCCUGCUAUGGGCUUCACACAGCAACAAACACAGCAGCAGCAACAAGAUGGGCAGCAGACAUACAUACCGCAGCAGGCUACGAACAUGGCAUCUUCGGCUUUUAUUGCUCCCCCCGCUGUUUACGCUCCGCCUAGCCACUUGGAAGGGUUUGUUCAGUUGCAAGCCAGUGCGGGGACAGGCAUGACGUUUCUCCCUGCAGCACCGUAUUUGUUUUGA